GGGCACCAGCACCGCCAGCAGCAGCAGCAGGUGCCGGAGUGGCAGCAGGAGUGGCAGCAGGAGUGGGUAUAGGCGCAGCUGCGGGGGUGAUAGCUGGGAACAUCGGCCGGAGAAAGGAAGCAGAGAGGGACGUGCAUAGAGCAGGGGGGGAUGACUCAGACUCAGACUCGGAAAUAAAGCGCGAGGCAGGAUGGGGGGGUGUUUCCCAGCAGGGCAGUGGGUUUAGGUUCAGCAGCCAGGGGGAAACGCCUGUUGCUGGGAAUCAGCCAGGGGGGCUUCAGGCAGGGGCAAGGCAUGCGCCCCAGCCCCCAACGAGCCCCCGGCCGUCGUCGCCCCGGCCUCUCCCUUUUGCUUCCAAGUCCCGUUCCUCGGGGGCCCCUCAUCCCAGCAGCAACUCCCCCCUCGGCCUGGUGGUCCUCCCAAUGCCCCCUCCCAACACGCCCCUUCCCAGCAUGCUCCUUCCCAGGCUCACCCGCUCUCAUCAGGAGCAGCGAAUAAGCCUCGCAUUCCCCCCGUCCCCCCGGCUUAUGGGUAUGCCGGCUCUGCACAACCUCCUGCGUAUGCUGCGCCUGCUGCUGCGUCGGCAGCUGUGCCGGGUACCGCUCCGCACCCCUUCGCACCCACUGCUUUUGCUGGGGGGCCCGGAGGUCCCACUACAGGGCAGGCAGUGGGGCAGCAGCAGGCGCAGCAGCAGUCGUGGGGGGGUUCUGUGGCUGGAUUCUUUGCAGGGGCCAGCGCGUUUGUGUUUGGGGCGAAGCAUGACGGGCAUGCAGGAAAGGAGGCAGGGAGGGAGGCGGGGAGGGAGGCGCAGCAGGGGGGAGAUGCGAGGCAGGCUGGGGAGGCUGGAAUGGGGCUGAGGGAUGGUGAGCAAGAGGGAUCCGGGGCAGCAGGUGCAGGUGUAGCAGCUGUAGCGAGUGGUAGUGGGGGCAGUGGCAGUGGUAGUGCCACGCGUAGCGGCAGUGGCAGUGGUAUGCGCCCUCCUCGCCCUCCGUCCCUUGCCAUCCCAGGAGCAGCAGGCGCUGCCACUAGUCCUGGUGCUGGGCGCCACACCCCCCCCACACAGCCAGGGGCAAAUACAGAGUCUGCAGAACCAGCAGCAGCGGUUGAUAGACAUGCAGCAGAGGGCGGGCAUGAGGCUAUCAUGUCCCCCAUUGCCUUCAUUACAGUGUCGCCGCCUAAGGGCACAGGGAGCAGGGGCACAGACGCUGCAUCAGUGCCAGGUAGAGCAGCAGCAGGGGCAGGAGGGCCAGCAGGAGGGUCAGCAGGAGGGCCAGCAGGAGGGCCAGCAGGAGGGUCAGCAGGGGGGUCACCUAUGAGAGCAGUAGGAGGGGUGGCAGAGGCAGGGUCAAUGAUUUUGCAGGGUGUUUUUGAGAAUUCUCAAAAACACCCUGCAAUGGGUCAACAGCCCGCACAGGCCCGGCUUCGCUCCCCUCCUCCCUGCACGCCAGAGGAAGAGGCCAUGGGUCGGGUCUCUGGUAGUGCUGCUGCUGUGCCGGUAGGGGUAGGGGCAACUGAAGCGGGUAGCGGGCAGGGUUACCGGCCAGGGUCGGGAUUCGGCACUGGGUGGAGUAAAGGGUCUGGUGUUAAAGCAGGUGGGGCUGGUGCCGGGUGGGGAGAGGAGAGUGAGGAGGAGAGUGAAGAGGAGGAGACAGAGGAGUCUGAAGAGUAUGAGCAUGAGGAGGAGGAGGAUGAGGAGGAUGAGGAGGAUGAGGAGGAGGAGGAGGAGGAGGAGGAGGAGGAGGAGGAGGAGGAGGAGGAGGAGGUGGAAGAGACAGAAGAGGAGGAUAUGGAGUAUAGCAGUGAGGAGGAAAGUGAGGAGGCAAGAGAGGAGGCAAGUGAGGAGGCAAGUGAGGAGGCAAGUGAGGAGGAAGAGGAAGAUGAGGAGGAGGAAGACGAAGAGGAGGAAGAGGAGGAGGAGGGUGCAGAGGCGUGGGUGGGCAGGCCGCUACUUGCACAUUCACAGGCCAACACACCCACGGCAUACGGGGGCAUGAAGACACCAGAUGCCAUAGGGGGGAUCGUGUUUAUCAACGAGUAUGGCGCUGCCCCGCCCUCCCCUGCUAUGGACACCAACUCGGUGGGUGGGGCAGGGGGGAUGGGUGGGGCGACCACGCCUCUCAGCGGAACAGGGGAAGAUGGGCGCGUGUUUGUGGUCUUCAAUAAGUCUCGGUUCUCACCCACUGCUGCUGGUGCUGGUGCUGCUGGUGCUGGUGUUGGUACUGAUGGGGAUUUGAGCGGGGAGGGGCAGAUCAUGCGUGGUGGCCUUUCUGCAGGCACUAGUGGUUCUGGUCCCCUAGUGGUUCGGAUUGAGAGGGGGGAGGGAGAGGAGGAGAGUGAGGAAGAAGAAGGGGAGGGUGGAAGUGAGGGGUGGGAUGGAGGGGAGAGUGGGGAGGAGGAGAGUGAGGAUCAGAGCGGGACAGAGGGAGAGAGUGAGAUGGAGGGGAGUGAGGAAGGGAGUGGGUUUGAAGGGAGUGGUGAGGAGGAGAGUGAGGGGGAGAGCGAGGGGAGUGAAGGGGAGGAGAGUGGGACUCUGGGGAGUGAGGUGAGGGAAGGUAGGCAGGAGGGUGAAGAUGGGGAUGUGAGUGCGGUGGAGAGCGGUGCUUCUGGGGGAAGUGAAGAAAGCAGUGGGGAGGAUAGUGAGGAGGAAAGUGAGGAGGAGACUUUGGAGGACAGUGAGGAAAGUGAGGAGGCGAGUGAGGAGGGGAGUGAGGAGGGGAGUGAGGAGGGGAGUGAGUCAAGCUUGAGCCCUGUGGGGAGUUCAGACGAGGGGGAGACUGAGUACGUGGGGAGUGAGACAGAGGAGAGUGAGGAGGAGAGUGGGAGUGAGGAGGGGAGUGACGAGAGUGGGAGUGAGGAGGAGAGUGAAGAGAGUGGGAGUGAGAGCGAAGGGACUGAGAGUGGGAGUGAGAGUGAUGGAAGUGAGAGCCAAGAGAGUGAUGAGACAGGGUCAAGUGAGGAAGACGGCACAACUUUGGACGGCACAAUGGACGGCACGCUGGACGGCACGCUGGACGGCACCCUGGACGGCACGAUGGACGGCACUGUGGGCGGCACAAUAGACGACAGGACGCUGGAUGGAACAGUGGAUGUGACUUUGGGAGGCAGUGACACUAUGGAGAGGACUUUUACCAUUGAGGAGACUGAGACGGCAGUCAGUGGAACACUGGGAAGGAGCGGGACUAUAGAGGGGAGUUACACUAUGGAGGGGACAGAAGCCAUGGGGAGAACUAACACGUUCGAGAGUGUAGGCCGGACUGAGACGUUUGAGGGCAGUGGGACGAUGGAGAGAAGUGAUACUAUGGAGGGGAGUGAUACUAUGGAGAGGAGUGGCACUGUAGACGGAACUGAGGCUAUGGGGAGGACCAACACUUUCGAGACCUUGGGGGUGACUGAAACUUUGGAAGGCAGUGAUAAUACUAUGGAAAGUAGUGAUACUAUGGAGGGGAGUGGCACUAUGGAGGGGAGUGACACUAUCGAGGGGAGUGGCACUGCAGAUGGUGCAGGAGCAGCAGAUAGAACCCUCACCCUGGAGGGAACUGAAAUCUUGAGCGGCAGUGAGAGGGGCAGGAGGCAGAGGAGUGCCACUGAAAGCGGUAGCAGCUCUUAUCACGAGAGCAGCUUUUCAGAGGGGAGUGAGGCGAGUGAGGAGAGGGAUAGUAGUGAUGGGACCGAGAGUGUGGAAGCUAGUGGUACUUUAGAGGAUAGUGCUACUAUGGAGGAUAGUGACAGUAUGGAGGGGAGUGAGGCUGUGAGCAGGAGUGCCGCUAGCAGGAGCAGAGGAGGCUAUAGUGACGAUGUGGUGCUUAUAGAGGUGGCUACUGUAGCGGGGUCUAGAACCAGUGGGACUGUGUCAAGUAUGCGAGGGGUGAGUGAGACGGGUAGUGACUUGGGGAGGAGUGAGAUGGGGAGGAGUGAGAGAGUGGGGAGUGGAAGGGAAGGUAGUGACACGGAGGCAUCAGAAACAGAGGAAAGUGAGACAGGCAGGAGUGGGAGCGAGGGGAGCAGCAGUGAGCGGAGCGAGGAGAGUGAGAGCGAGGGGAGUGAGGGGAGUGGGAGUGAUGCGAGUGGGGGUGAUGAGCGUGCAAGUCACAGCUCAGAGGCGUCGGAGUAUCACUCCCACUCACAGAGCAGUGCGGGGUCCGAUUCUGAAAGCGGCUCGGAGAAAGGAAGCUUCCGCUCUGGUUCUGGAGAUGGCAGGUCGGAGAGCGAAGGAAGCCCGCCAGAGAAUGAGUCCGGCGAAUCAGAUUCUGAGCAGCUGUCCAGGUCAGAUUCUCACCCUUCCAGGUCAGCGUCACACCGUUCCAGGUCAGCAUCGGAUGCAUCUGAAGGGGGAGGAGCGAGCAAGAGCAGGUCUGCGUCAAGCCUUAGCCACUCUGCUGCUAGUAGCAAGUCCCCUGGCACAGAGUCAUCUGCUGGUAAAUCCUCUGGUAGGGGGUCGUCUGCAGGGUCGGCUGCCAGCAAGUCUCCCGGCACACAGUCGAGAAGUCAAAGUGGGUCUGAGGGGAGCGGGUCUCAUGGUGGCCGGUCGCGUGGUACUGAGUCGCAGCGCAGCAAGUCAGAGGCGAGUAGGUCGCCGGAUGGUGGGCUGGAUGCAGGUGGAGAGAGUGAGGGGAGAGGGGGGGGGGGUAGUGCGGAGGGCAGUGAGAGUGAGACGGGGAGUGAUGGCCUGACGGACGGGAUGACUGAAGGGACAAGUGUGACGUCCAGUGAUGAGGCGAGUGAGAAGGAGAGCGAAGAAGGGAGUGAGGAAGGGAGUGAGGGAGGGAGUGAGGGAGGGAGUGAGGGAGAGAGUGAGGGAGGGAGUGAGGAAGGGAGUGAGGAAGGGAGUGAGGGAGGGAGUGAGGUGACAGCAGAGACAUCAGAGGAUGGUAGUGAAGGAUCUGGGGAGGGAGAGAGGGAGGGAUCCAGUGACAUGCACAGUGAGGGGUCCACCCGUGCUGACAGUGUGAGCGACGGAAGCGAGGGGAGUGAGGGGAGUGGGUCUGUGGUGUCAGGGUCAACCAACAAGCCCACAGAGUCAAGGGCGGAUUCAGAAGCAAGGUUUGACUCGGACGGAGAGUCGGAACAGCCCUCUGAGCUAGAGGAAAGUGUCGCUACUAGCACUGCUGUUAGUGCUGCCGGCGGCAGUGCUGCUGCCAGUGCUGUUGCCAGUGCUGCUGCUAGCACCAGCCCCACGGGUGCUUCUGAAUCCAGCCGGCAGCUCGGGACGCCGACAGGUGGCGCCGCAUCAUUGGCGGGUGUGAUGGGGUCGCCAGUGGGGGAGGGGUGGAAGAGGCCUCUCACUGUUAAGGUGGGAGGAAGCUCCCAGGAGGCUAGUUCUGAAGAGGAGGAGGAGGAGGAAGAGGAGGAGGAGGAGGAAGAGGAGGAGGAAGAGGAAGAGGAAGAGAGUGUGGAUGCCACUGGAAGUGAGGAAGAGGAGGAAAGCUAUGUUGGGGAUGAUGAUGAUGAGGAGGAGGAUGAGGAGGAGGAGGAGGAGGAGGAGGAGGAGGAGGAGCAGGAAGAGAGUGUGUUUACAGACGACCGGAGCUCAGAGGGGAGCAGUGUUUCAGAGGGGGAAGGGAGAUCGGAACAAGAAAGGAGUUCAGGGGGAGAGGAGGGAGCGGAUGAGGAAGAGGAGGGGAGCAGGAGCAGUGAUGAUGAGGCGUCAGUUGGAGGAGCAACGAGUUUGGGCAGUGAGGAGGCGUCAGGUGGAGGAGCAACGAGUUUGGGCCGUGAGGAGGGGGAGCUAGAAGGGGUGAGUUCAGGAGAUGAAGGGGCGGUAAUGGGGCGGAGCUCGGGGAGUGAGGAGGAGGAGAGGGCAGUGCGGAUGCUGCGAGCUGAGAGCAAGAGGCGGUUUGACGCUGUGUUGGGGCAGCUGAAGGUGCUGCUGAAGAGGGAUCCCCAGGGGAGUGAGGAAUUCGAGGAGGGAAGUGAGCAUUCUGAGGGGAGUGAGCACUCGGAGGGGAGUAAGGGUGAUGGAGUGAGUGCCGAAGGUGGGAGGAGGGAGGAGGAUGAUUACAGGUCUGCUAGUGAGAGUGAGGGAGAGGCGCAAGAGGAGGAUGAGUAUAGGUCUGAGAGUGAGGUUGGGAGUGAGGGAGGGAGUGAGGGAGGGAGACAGGAGGAGGAGGAGGAGGAGGAGGAGGAGGAGGAGGAGGAGGAGGAGGAGGAGGAGGAGGAGGAGGAGGAGGAGGAGGAGUGGGUGGAGGAGGUUGCGAGGGUGUCAGAACGAAGUGGGUCGGAGGAGGAGGCGUGGAUGGAAGAGGAGGAGGAGCAGUCAGAAAGGGAGGAGGAGAAUGGCUCGAAAGGUAGGGUGGCGGAGCAUGAUUCUGAAGCAGAGGAGGAGUAUGAUUCUGAAGCAGAGGCGGAGGGUGGCAGUUGGGACGGACAGGAAGGCCAGAAGCUUUCUCAAGAUGGCACUGGUGCUAGUGAUGGUGCUAGUGGUGGUGAUGGUGGUGGUGAUGGCUUAGCUGCCAUUGCUGCUGCUGCAGCUGCUGCUGCUUCAUUUCCGGAGGGUAUCACAGCUGAUGCCGCUGCACACAGCCACAGCAUGCACAGGCCACAAGGAAGCGAGGGGAGAGCUGCAGAGGUGCAUCCUCCUGCCGUUCUCCAAGCAACACCUGCCCCACCCGCCCCACUAGCCCCACCCGGCCCACCCACAUCCCCAGCACCCCAAGCAUCCCCAGUGGGCCCCACUCAACGGAUCCACCUCCCGCAGCCGCCCACCACGCCCUCCCUGCAGCCCUCCCCCCCGUCCCUCGCGUUCCGUCGCUCCUUCAAGCGCCCCAUGCCUCUGCGCCCCUCCUCCGCUUCCUCCCGCCCCGCCAACCCCUUCGCUCAAGGGCCGGGCUCGGCCACUUCGACACCGCAGAGCAUGGGGGGGUCGUCCGGAGGGUCCACUCCCCGCAGCGUUCCUGCCCCUGAUCUCCCGACCGGCCUGGAGCCGCCUCAAAGAGCAUCUGGCCUUGCUCCAAGUGCCCCGGGUGAUGAUGGCUUGGCCACUGGUGCUUCCAGCCGUGCUGCUGCUGCUCCGCCCCGUGGUGGUGGUGGUGGUGCUGCUGCUACCGGUGCUGCUUAUGAAUUGGCUGGCCUUGGCUCUGCAGGUGAGUCUCCCGUCGCCCUCCCCUCUUCCCCUGCUUCUGCUUCUGCUUCUUCUGCUUUUGGAACUUCUGUUUCUGGUUCUCCUGUGGUUGCUGCUGCACGUGUCUCUCCUGCUGCUCCUGCUGCUGCCCCCGUUGCUGUCCCUCCUGCUGCCUCUGCAUCUGUUACCUCUUCUGCAGGUCCCAGCACGGGAACUGCAACAACCGCAGCAGCUGCACCAGCUUCAGCACCUGCUAUUGCCAGGUUAUCCAAGGCAGGGGUUGCCUUGACCGCCUCUCCUGCCUUAUCCCCAGCUGUCUCGCCUGCUGCCUCUCCGGCUGUGUCGCCCAAGCCUGCUGCCGGCUCCUCGCCCUCUCGCGCGGUUGCAGCUAAUGCAACGGAAGGUGGUGGUGUCUACACGCCCAGUGCUGCUCCCUCUGUCACUAGUGCGACUGAUCCUGCUGCUGCCCCCAUUGCCGCUGUCGCCUCGGGUCCUACUGCCUAUCCUGUUGCAGCUGUUCCCGCACCAGCAGUUGUUUCGUCCUCAUCAGCAAUACCUGCAGUAGCAUCGCCACCAGUUGCACCUGCACCAGUAGCACCUCCACCAUUUGCACCUGCACCAGUUGCACCUGCACCAGUUGCACCUGCACCAGCUGCACCUGCACCAGUUGCACCAUCCGCAGUUGCACCUGCUCCUGCACCACAAGCAGCACCUGCGCCGGCACCUGUUCCCGCAGCCAUCCAUCCCAUGGACCCGCGUGCGCAUCCAUUUGUCCUCUCUCCUCCUCAUACUACGCCCUCUCACACCCGCCCCUACUCUGCAGUAUCCUCCUCUCCCACGGUCCUGCAUCCCCUGGACCUGCGCGCACAUCCAGGUCCAGCCUCCCUCACCUCCCAAUCCUCCACAGUACCUCCCGCUCCCACAGUCCUUCACUCGCUGGAUCCAUGCGCUUCCCCCACCCCUCACACAGCAGACUCUCUGUCACCCAAAGCUGCCUCCCCGUUGUCAGGCGCUGCUCCUGCUUCUCCGCUCGCUUUCCUCUCGUCCAUAUUUGGCGGCGGCGCUGCUGCUGCUGCUGCUGCAGGGGUGGGUCCAGCAGCAGAAGAGAUGCUGGAUGCAAGGGUAGUGGGAGAGAGUGCGGCUGGGAAGGAAGGGGAUGCAGCUGCUAAGAGGCAAGUGAUGGACCAAGAAGCAGAGGGGACAGGGAACCAUGGCGAGAUUGGUCCCCCUGGAGGUGUGCUGGUGCAUGGCUUGUCGGCCGAUUCUGAUACCAUGUCGACUGGAUCAAGGCAUGAUGCUGAUUCUGCUGCUGACGUCGGUGCUUAUCCCAAGGGCAAGUACGCUGCUGCCUUGGUCCCUCCGGCCUUAGAGCCAGGUGUUGCAGGCAGCUCCCAGGGUUCCUCCAGCCGCCCAGAGUCAAGGGAGUCAACGGAGUCAACGCGGUCGAAUGAUUCACCUGAGAAAGCACAGUCAGUGACGGGUGACGCACCUGUGGGGGGGGGCGAAGCAGCAGCUACUGAGGCGUGGGUGCGUGCGGGCAGUGGAGAGGGAGGGAGGUUGAAAGGAGGCUUGGGAGGAGGUUUGGAGAGAGGCUUGGAAGGAGGUGUGGAAGAAGGUGUUGUAGAGUGGCCAGUGGUAUUGCCACGUGGUGGCAUGGAUGGGGGAAUAGAGAGGGGCAUUGGAAAACAGGUGGAUGGAACAGGUCACAUUGGAGCAGUGGAAGUGGUGGCUGCUGGUGACUCAACAGAGCGGUCUCUUAUAAGGGGGUCAGUGAAUAUGGGCCCUGCAGUUGUGGUCGGUAGCAUAGAGCGGGUUUUAGUCGCUGGGAGCGAUACAGAUAAGCAGGUUGGAAGCAGCGAGGGUGAGAGUAAGGGGAAGGGCGAGGAGAGUGGGGAGGAUAUGGAGGCUGAGGGAGAGAGUGAGAGUGGUAGUGGGGUUGGGGUAGAGGAGAGGGAGGAGGAGGAUGAGGAGGAGGGUGAAAGUGUUGUGGCGGAUAGUUCUUAUAACGGGAGCACACUUGAGGGAGGGGGGAGUGGGGGAGAGAGUGAGGGUAGUGAGAGGGAUGCAGAGGGGAGCGAAGAGGAGAGUGAGAGUGGUAUUGGAGAGGAGAGUGGGAGCAGUGUGGGGGAUAGUGAGGAUGAGAGCGAGGGGGAGAGUGAGGAAGGGAGUGAGGAAGGGAGUGAGGAUGGGAGUGGGGGGAGCACCACGGGAGAAAGCGAGGGCAGCAGCAGCGAGACAGGGAGCAGCAAGGGAGAGAGUGAGGGAGAUAGUGAAGGGAGUGAAGAUGAGAGUGAGGGGGAGAGUGAGGAGAGUGAGCGGGAGAGUGAGGGUAGUGUCACUGAGACGGACGGAGUGACCCAAACGAGUUACUCAGAGGAGAGUGAAGGGGAGAGCGAGGGGGAGAGUGAGGGGGAGAGUGAGGGGGAGAGUGAGGGGGAGAGUGAGGGGGAGAGUGAGGGGGAGAGUGAGGGGGAGAGUGAGAAGGAUAGUGAAGGAGGGGAGACAGAGACAGAAACCGAGGCACAGACAGAGACGGAGGGGCAGAGUGAGAUGGUGGGAGGGGAGGCGGACAGAGAGAGCAUGGUGACAGAUGAGGGGGUGCUUAUAGAGGUGGCGAGUGUGGCGAGUGUGGUGGGGAGGAGUGAGGGGAGGAGUGUGGGGAGGAGUGUGGGAAUGAGGACUGACAGCCUGCUGAUUGAGGUGGAGAGUGUGGUGGGUGGGGAGAGUGUGGUUGGAGGGGAGAGUGUGGUGGGGGGAGGGAGUGUGGUGGGGGGAGGGAGUGUGUACGAAGGGGAGGGUGCAAUUUUAGAAGAGGGAGAAGAGGCAGAGAGAGCAGCUGAAGAGGUCGAAGGGAGUGAGGUUAGUGAGAAGAGUGAGGGGGGUGAGGGGAGUGAGGGGAGUGAGGGGAGUGAGGGGGGUGAGGGGAGUGAGGGGAGUGAGGGGAGUGAGGGGGGUGAGGGGAGUGUGUGGAGCGAGCAUAUCAGUGGCGGGGAGGGAUCGGAUGAUGACAGAGAGAGUAUCAAAAGCGAAAGUGAGAGAAUGGAUGUUGCGAGUGAGAGGGACGACAGUCACAAGGAGAGUAGUGAGCGUAUGGAGGCUGAGGGUGACGGUGAGUUGGGUGAUAGUUUUGACGAGGGUGAGAGUGAACACGAGAGGGGAGUGAUUGUUGGUGGGCAUGUAGAGGCAGUGCCAGAGAGUGCACGUGGGGCUGAUGCUCUGGCAGCAGCAACAGCGGCAGGGACAACAGCAGCAACAGUAGCAGGAGCAGCAGCGACAGUGGCAGAAGCAGAAGUGCUUGUGUCAGUGGCACCUGAAGAAGACACACCCGGCGCGAAGUCUGGCGAACCAGCUGAGUCUGCGGUGACACCAGCAGCAGCAGCGCCAGCAGGAGUAGCAGCAGCGCCAGCAGCAGCAGCAGCACCAUCAACGGCAGCAGUAGCAGCAGCACCACCACCAGCAACGGCAGCAGUAGCAGCAGCGCCAGCAGCAGCAGCACCACCAGCAACGGCAGCAGUAGCAGCAGCGCCAGUAGCAGCAGCACCACCACCAGCAACGGCAGCAGUAGCAGCAUCAGCUGUACCACCAGCAACGGCAGCAGUAGCAGCAUCAGCUGUACCACCAGCAACGGCAGCAGUAGCAGCAUCAGCUGUACCACCAGCAACGGCAGCAGUAGCAGCAUCAGCUGUACCACCAGCAACGGCAGCAGUAGCAGCAUCAGCUGUACCUGCUACAACAGCUGAAGCUCGCAUGGUCGGGGCUGCUGAUACCUCAAAGUCAGCUGACGUGGCAAUGGCUGCUGCAGUUCCGAAGGCUGCAGACGUGGCAAGACCUGCUGACGUGGCCAAAGCUGCUGCUGUGGCAAGGGCUGCUGACAUGUCACUAGCAGCGCUGAUGGCUCGGACGCCUGAUGCCCGACCGGUGACGCCGGUGCAGCGCAGGACAUGGCUGGACGUGCUGCAGAGCCACGCGGUGCUGUCAGAACUGCGCAGGACAUGGCUGGACGUGCUGCAGAGCCACGCGGUGCUGUCAGAACUGAUGACCGAUGAGGACAUGGGUGCUCUCCAGUUCCUAUGCUCCGUUGACUUCUUCAAGUCGCAACACAGCAUGGACUUCCGGGUGGACUUUCUAUUUGAUGCAAAUCCAUUCUUCACCAACGCAUAUCUGAGUCGCGUCUUCGCUGUGGCGAGAAACCCUAAGGCUGAUCCGAUCAUCAUGGCCAUCCAUUGCACUCCCAUCGCCUGGCAGCCCGGCAGAGACCUCACCAAGCGCCGCAAGGGGUGGUUUGGCUGGGCGGCUUCCAGCGUUGACAAGCGCAGCUUCUUUACUCUGUUUGCCUCGCGAUCUGAGCUCUCUGCUUCAGAAGCCAAUGAGGAAGCAGUGCGCAUGAAGAUGCUGGAAGAGGCUGCUCUCACCAACGGACUGCUGCAGUCGUCAGAUGGCCACGUGGUGUCUAGCCUGCUAAGAUGGUACACUGUGAAGUCGCUGGGGGGGGAAGUGGAGGAGGAGGAGGAGCGGGAGGAGAAUGAGGAGGAGGAGGAGGAGGAGGAGGAGGAAGAAGGGGGGGAAGUAGAGGAAGAAGCAGAGGAAGACAAGGAAGAGGUGGAGCAGGAGAAAGAAGAAUUGGGGAGCACUGGAGGUAGAGGGAGCGGUGAAAAACAUGAACCUUCUAUGAUGCCGUUCAGGAGUAUGAGUGGUGAGGAGAGAGAGAAGGGAGGAAGUGAGGAGGAGAAGGAGCGAGAUGAGGAGAGUGAGAUAGAGAGUGUGGCUGUGCAGGAACACGGGAAAGAAGAUGUGAGGUUGAUGGUGCGGCGAGGAGGGAGGGAAGUGAGGGAAGGAGAGGAGGAGGUGGCGCAAGGAGGAGUCGAAGCGAGUCAAAGAGAGGAGGACGCGAGGGAAGGCGCAGGAGGCACAAGCACAGAGGCGGAAGCAGACCGUGUGGAGUUGGAAGAGGCAGCUGCGGCUGCUGAGGCUGGACAGACGGUCUGGAGGGAGGAGGAAGAGGAGGCAAAGGAGGAUGCAGAUGAGGAAGAGGAGGAGGCAAAGGAGGAUGAGGAAGAGGAGGAGGAGGCGGAGGAGGAGGCGGAGCUUGGAAUGCUUAGUGGCACACGGAGAACGCCCCGGGAGGAGUAGAGGAAGCAGAGGCAGAGGCAGCUGUGUGUAUGAUGCCUGUGCCUGUGGUGGCCAUGGCAGCAGGAAUGGGU